AUAAUAAGUCUAGGGUCUGCUCAAGCGAAUGGGCAAUUAUAUUACAAUGAAAGUACUCGACAUUUUAGCUUUGUACUUCAUCAUUAGUGUUAUACCAUUUUCGAAUGGAUUGUUUGAUACACAGCGAAAGUUGUUUCGGGCACACCAAAGUCAAGGAAAUAAUCUGAAUGUUCAGAAAAAAUCGGGAGAAUUUAGUAAUCCAUUUGGCAACAGACAGGAUGAUGGAAAGCAAGAAUUGUCACAGAGCAACAUUUUAAAUUUACCUGCCAGUCCUAACACUGUUAAAAAGCCAAACAAUACUCGGAGAAAAUUUACAUCGAGAAGAUUUUGGUUGAAAUCCCGAAUUGGCAACAAAGGACGCGGAGAAAAUGACGAAACGAACAAGGAACCUCCUCAAAAUCAAGGAGCACAUUCGAAUCCAUUUUCUAAUCAAAUUAAAAAGCAAAAGAUUGUGAAUCAAGUAACCGAUACCAAAGCAAACACUGUCGAACCGGAGGAGGACCAAAGAAAUGACAUCGAACCGGAAGUGAUUCAAACAAAUAUAGGAAAAUCAGAGUCUGUGCACAUGAUUCCGGAAACAGGGGAACAUGUAGGCAAUGGUAAAGAUCUAAACUCUUUUCGGGAGUCAGACUUUGAAUUUGGGGGCGAGAAUCACUUUGUGCCUUGUCAAUGGGGGGGAUGUAUCAGUGACUACAAAUGUAUGCGGUUUGUUAAUGGCCACCCAGUCGUCUGCCAUGAAGACAGUACCGAGACUUGUCAGUGCAUGAGAGUAAAAUCUCUGAGGAAACAAAAAGUCAUUUCUAAGACAACCAGGACUUGGAAAACAUCUAUACCGGAAACGGAAUUUAAUAGAGGCCAUGAUCCCUUGGAUGUUCCGGAAAACAUGGAGGUUGGAGAAGAAACUCUUAAAGGAUUGCCGUGUCAGUAUAUAGGAUGUUUGGAGAAAAGCUUCAAAUGCAUGACAAUCGUGAAAGGUCAACCAGUCCAGUGUAAUACAAAAAGUGGAGAUAUAUGCCAGUGCAUGAAAAAAAAAGCUAACAAGCCGGAAAAAAUUCGCGGCAUUCCAGCUUUUUCAAGAGAUCCAUUCCCAUCGCAAUCGAGCUCGGCAUUGCUACCAAACUUCAUGGAUACUGAAAAAGAAGAAAUUUCCUGUCAGUUUUGGGGAUGUGAACGUGGAAAAGAGUGUUUAUUGGUUGUUGAUGGACAAAGGACAAAAUGUACACCUAACACUAAUGCCAAAUGUAGUUGUAAGAGAA